UUCAAAAUUGUGCGUUUAAUUUUCUGUAGAAUUUGGGGUAAUUAGUAAUAUCUUAAUGAAAUAAGCCAGGCUGCCUUGGAUAGGAURCCAGUAAAAUGAGGUCCGAUUCAGCAAGGCAAAUAUUUCAAAGAUCUGGUAGAUUUUUGGGGCAUCCACGUGAGAGAUGUCCAAGACUUCUUCCAUCAAGACUUUUUCCAUCAAGACUUUUGUGGUCUGCAAGAAAAGACGAUUUAACUCAAGCGUUAUCAGAAGCUGAAAAGCUAGUCGGUUAUCCAACGUCUUUUCUAAGCCUACGGUGUUUGUUAAGCGAUGAACUUUCUAAURUAGCCAUGUACAUGCAGAGAUUAGUAGGGAGUAAGCAUCCAUUGUUGAAGACUGCUAGGGGUUUCGUCUAUGAUGGUCACUAUGGUAUGCAGACACGAGGGCUGCUUGUACUCCUUGUUGCUAAGGCUGCAGCACCUUAUUUAUCUAGUGAUGAUGUUAGUAUUGAGCAGGAGGCUGUGUCAGGGAUUUAUUCUGGUCAACGACAGCUUGCUGAAAUUACUGAAAUGAUCAAUACAGCCUAUCUUAUCCACUGUGGAGUAGUAAACCUGGAAUCCCUAUCACCACUAGUGAAACUAAAAGACAUGGAAUUUGGCAACAAGAUGUCUGUGCUGACAGGGGAUUUUUUACUUGCAAGCGCUUGCACAGGAUUGGCUCGAUUAAACAAUACACAUGUUGUUGAUAUGAUAUCARAGGUCAUUGGUGAUCUGAUGGAAGGGCAAGCAAUGAAGAAUCAUCGUAGUGUUAAAGAUUUAUCACUAGAGUUCUGGCGGCAAGUUGUUUUUAAGUCUAAAGCAAGCCUUUUGGCUAGCAGCUGUCAAGCAGUUCUCAAAUUAAUGAACCACUCCAGUCAGUUACAAGAAAAGGCCUUUGAAUUUGGGAAUAACAUUGCUUUUGCCCACCAACUAAAGGAUGAAAGCCAGUCUCUACAAGAUCCACAGGCAAGUAUAAACAUAAACACUGUCCCUGUUAUCUUAUCUUUACACAAGAAAAAAGUAAAAGACCUUGUUGAAACACUUAUCAGAGUGAAAUCAGAAGAUGACAUUGAAGCUUAUGAAGAGCAAAGCAAGGAACUUCAUCAGUAUAUUGAUAAGGAUAGUAUUGCUAGAGUACAGGCAAUGAUGGUAGAUUAUAGUAACAAGGCAUUUAUAGCACUGAAAGGCUUUCCUCCCUCAGAAACAAGGCGAGCCCUGGAAAACAUAGUCAAUAC